UUAAGUAGACGAAUAACUCACAGGGGCAGUGCUGCAGAUACGACAGCUGACUGCAGCGGCCCCACGUACUCGUUUUUGGCAGUUGAUGGAAGAAGAAACUCGAUCACUGGAGGGUAGUUUCUGGGAGUGAGCGGAGGUCAGACUUGUUGCCUGUUCCGUCUGGAUGCAGCUGCACAGUGACCUAUGGCGGGUGGGCGAGGAGCAGCGGAAAACGGGGCCGGACUAAACAGGAAGACGGCGGGUCUGAGGGUGCAGCUGAGAAUGGUGAAGACUGAGGAGGCUGACGGGCCGAGGCAGGCGGGUCGUAAGCAGUUACAGACCAUUGUUCGAGGCAACCGGCCACCAAAGGAUGCAUCCAUCAAUGGCCUUUUGGAAGAGUUCGACAACAUCUCGGUGACGCGCUCCAAUUCCCUGCGUAAAGAGAGCCCACCAGGUUCUCACCAGGUUGGCAGCAGUUCCAAACCCUCUGUCAGUGGUCGCCCCAAUGCCCCAGAGGAGAAUGGAUUCAACCACUACUACUCCCGUUAUUCCUGUGACCUGGACACCUCCAGCAGGGACUUCUCUCUCGAUCCUGGCAAGCCAAGUUUCUCCAUAGAUGGAGAUUGGGCUGUGGGAAGGCACUAUCGCUUCACCAAGCAAAAUGGCCACUCGCACCUCAUACGCAGUCCCUUCUACCCAGAUGCCAUGCCCCAAAAAUCAGACUACACCAAACUGCCACCAGAUUACCAUGCAUACCUAGAGAGCAAAGGACGCUCAGCUGAUGAGGUGGCAUCCACAGUGGGCAGUGGGGUGGGCUCCAGUGGCUACUAUCGGGCAUCUGUGGGAGGAUCUUCCAGCCAGGAUUACCGGGACACUUCAGUAGGCACACCAUCUCGUGCCUCACUACAUAGUGAGCAGAUUAACUAUCCAGACAGUGAAUGGAGUUACGGUGGCCUGCGAGAUGACUAUGACAAGCGACCCAAGAGUUCCUAUGUGGCACAAACUAGCCCCACACCAGCUAUAAGGCAACGAUCCCGAUCAGGCUCUGGACUACAGGAACCAAAUGUUCCCUAUGCGGCCAGCAUUGCUUUCAAGAACCUCCCUCAGCCUCAUUCGUACAGCUCCUAUACUUUCCCCCGCCUGUCGGAGAGCCUCAGCAACACACAAACAAUGACAAAGGGCAAAUACGAACGUCAGCCGCGUGACAGCAGCCCCCAGGUCACGGGCGGGGACACCUACCCCAGAGGGCCUCUUAAGCUACCUCAGAGCCAUACCAAGCCGCCUGGCUACCCCCCAACGCACCUGCCCUACCCACCGGUCUUUCACCAUUACAAGCCGUCACCCUACCACCACCCCCCCUCCCAGCCCAGCCCACCUUACACCCCACAGGGGGCGUACUCGCAACCAUCAUCACCCUACAUCCCCCCGGGAGCCUAUCCACCUCCUUCCUGGGGUUCUAGCUCUGACAUUCAGCCAUCCAGGGUUUCCCAUGAACAGUUCAGAGCUGCAUUACAACUAGUGGUGAACCCAGGAGACCCUCGGGAAUACCUGGACAGCUUUAUCAAGAUUGGCGAGGGCUCCACAGGUAUCGUGUGCAUCGCCAGCGAAAAACACAGCGGCAAGCAGGUGGCUGUGAAGAAGAUGGACCUCAGGAAACAGCAGAGGAGAGAGCUGCUCUUUAAUGAGGUGGUGAUCAUGAGGGACUACCAUCAUGAGAAUGUGGUGGACAUGUACAACAGCUACCUGGUGGGAGAUGAGCUGUGGGUUGUAAUGGAGUUCCUAGAGGGCGGCGCCCUGACUGACAUCGUGACCCACACCAGGAUGAAUGAGGAGCAGAUUGCUACUGUGUGUUUGUCGGUGCUGAGGGCUCUGUCCUACCUGCACAUGCAGGGCGUCAUCCACCGCGACAUCAAGAGCGACUCCAUCCUCCUCACCAGCGACGGCCGGAUAAAACUGUCAGACUUCGGCUUUUGUGCGCAAGUUUCCAAAGAGGUGCUGAAGAGGAAAUCUCUCGUGGGUACACCCUACUGGAUGGCACCAGAAGUUAUCUCCAGACUGCCUUACGGGACUGAGGUGGACAUCUGGUCUUUAGGCAUCAUGGUGAUUGAGAUGGUUGAUGGAGAGCCCCCUUAUUUCAACGAGCCCCCCUUGCAAGCCAUGAGGAGGAUACGAGAUAAUCUGCCACCGCGGCUAAAAGAGUCACACAAGGUGUCCUCAGUGCUGCGGUCUUUUCUGGACCUAAUGCUGGUGAGAGAGCCGUCUCAGAGAGCCACAGCCCAGGAACUCCUCCAACACCCCUUCCUAAAACUAUCGGGACCCCCUUCCUGCAUCGUCCCCCUCAUGAGACACUACCGCCAUCGCUGACCUCCUGACCCCAACUUCCCCCAUCCACACUGAAACCAUACAUACACUCGCCAUCAAGGAGGCUCCGCCCUCACCCAGCCAAAACACGCACACCGCACAGUGCCGCGACACUGAAGUAACACUCCCACCUGUAACCGUGACGUAGAUUAGCUCCAGGAAUAUCUAAGUACCACAAACAAAACACAUGACUGAGAAAAGAAGAAAUAUAUAUCUAUACCCAAACUGUGACCUGGAGUAGACGAGCCACGCCGCGCCGCGCUAUGCUGCACCGCGCUGCAGGAACUCUGUAGAAUUCCAGUAAAAACAUUCGGGCCAGCUCGCCCUCUCUCUCUGUCUCUUCCUGUCCUGAGUCUUCAGCUGCCUGUCGUAGCCAUCAGCGAGAGCGCGAAGCGGGGUGCGGAGGGACCACGGGGACCGACUGGUGCGCUGCUCCACCCUUGAACAACAGGGGGCAGCACAAUCAGCUGCAAGCUCUGAAAAAGAGACAAACUCUCUUGUAUUGCUCUUCUUGCGCACUAACUUAAAAAAAAAAGUAUUUUAGAGAAACUUGUAAGUUUUUCUGUACAGUUUUGAUAAUUUGCAGUAUUUUAUCGUGUCGUAACCAUUGUGAUAUGAGCAGUAUUAAAUAGAGUUUCUGCAGAGAUCUUUCCUACUGUUUAUAACACAGUUUUUGCUUAAAGAUAUAAGAGAUAUCCCACAGUAAACUCACCUAACUGCUACUAAAAAUUCAAAAUA